UCUUAUCAAUAAUAUAUAGGUAUACCUAGUCAGCGAGCGUUGUGUAUGUGUGGUGAGAUCUAAGUGUAAACACCCAAAGAAACAUCUUGAUGAAGAUCACAAGAGGCCCUCAACAUCCUCUCAUUUUCCAUCAACCCCAUGCAUGAAUCCAAUGAAUUCACAUCACCACCUUUCCCUCUGCAAAACCAAACUUUUCUCAACCACAACCACUACUUCACUUUAUCUCUCUCUCCCCUAGCCACCUAGUCAUGUCACCCCUCCCCGGCGGCAAAGACGAAAGCCAGAGCUCCUCCACCCGCAAAGCCUCCUCGUCGUCGCGGGCGCAGGACCCUCCGGUCAAGUGCCCCCGCUGCGACUCCCCAAACACCAAGUUCUGCUACUACAACAACUACAGCCUCACGCAGCCGCGCCACUUCUGCAAGACCUGCCGCCGAUACUGGACCAAAGGCGGCGCCCUCCGCAACGUCCCCAUCGGCGGCGGCUGCCGCAAAAACAAGAAGAUCAAGCGCCUCCCCGCCGACUCCAAGGACUCCGACGCCCCCCUCAAAUUCGCCAUGGAUUUCCAGCUCCCCAACCCAUCUUUGUCCAACUCCUCACCUCACUCUCACACGCCGUGCUUCAACCUCGACCCUUCUUCCCUAAUGGGCUUUGCUUUUCCGCUCAAGCAAGGCCAAAACCUAGGGUUUCAAGAAAUGGUUCAUCACACCAAUCUGGCCACCUCCAUUGAAUCGCUGAGCUCCAUCAACCAGGAUUUGCACUGGAAACUGCAGCAGCAGAGACUAGCCACGCUCUUCGUUGAAAACGCUACUCACAAAGAAGCUUCUGGAAACAUCCAGUUUCAGAGCCUGCCGGAAAAUCCCAAGACCGAUUCUUGUCUCAUCGGAACAUCCAGAAAAGAUGGAAGCUUCUCCAACAACACUGACACCUUUCUCAAUAACUCUCCUCCCACGCCACACCCUGCCGGAAACAACUUCAACGGCGCCGCCGGUAACUGGAGCGGUGGAAUUCAAGCAUGGACUGAAUUGAGUCACUACACUUCGCUGCCAUGAUAAUUAAGGUGUAGGCUGGGUUUAUACAAAUUAAUUGCUCUUAAUUAGUUAAUCAAUAUAUAUGUGUAGCCUUUCGUUGUCAUUGCCGUUGUUCUUUUUUUCUUUUAUGUGUUAAUUAAAGUUAGAUCAAGAACACAGAAUUAACUCAAAGAAAGUAUCUGUACUUAAUCACAGACACUUUAGAGAAGGUUGUAAUAUAUAGUAUAUAAUCAUGCAUCGUAUAUCUUUUUCUUUAA